CGGGAGGCGGAGCGAGCGGGGGGCGGGGCCGCCGGGCCGUCGCCAGCGCGCAUGGGCGGACAUCCUCGGCUCCAACGGACCCCUUCAGUUUCCGCUGUUGUCGGAAACGUUCCGAAGGCCGUUAGCUGAGUGUUGGCCGAGUGCGCGGGUCGCCGAAAUGUCUGAUGAGAAAGGUUCCCUGGGGAGAGGCGUAGAGAAAGGAGAGGAGCCAGUGGGGACCAUCGCUGCUAGUGCGUACUCUGUGAAGCAGGCGGAUGGUGAGGAAGAACCGAUGAAAGUGGAAGUGGCGGUGGGGGCAGAUGGCUGCUCUGGCGACCUCAGCUGUGGGGAGGCCGACCUAGACCCCCACCUCCUAGGGCUUGCGGACGACAAGGAGAAAUGCCGGAAAAUCCGCAAGCAGUACCGGCAGCUCAUCUAUAACGUCCAGCAGAACCGUGAUGACAUUGUGAACACCGCGAGCGACUCGUUAACCGAGGCUCUCGAAGAAGCCAAUGUCCUGUUUGAUGGAGUGAGCCGAACAAGAGAAGCAGCUCUCGAUGCCCAGUUUCUUGUUUUGGCUUCUGAUUUGGGUAAAGAAAAAGCAAAGCAACUAAACUGUGAUAUGAGCUUUUUUAAUCAAGUAGCGUUUUGUGACUUUUUGUUUAUAUUUGUGGGUCUAAAUUGGAUGGAAGAUGAUGAACAUGAUGAAUUGAGUGGCUGUGAUGAUAAUAUAGCUCUUUUCUUCUGGGAGACAGUACAGAAGGAAGCAACAUCCUGGAUAUUGCAAGCUGAAACAUUCCACUUUAUUUUUGGUUCAUUCAAAUCCAAACCUGCCCCAAAGCCCCGACUUGAACACCACAAAAAAGCUCACAAAACAGAAGAAAAUGGGGAUAUGCCUACAAAACUGAGGAAGUUGGACCUGAGUAAUAAUCAAGAAGCAACAGAAAAAGAAGUAGAAAGAAUCUUGGGAUUGUUGCAAACUUACUUUCGAAAGUAUCCUGAUACUCCCAUGUCCUAUUUUGAGUUUGUGAUUGAUCCAAACUCUUUCUCUCGUACUGUGGAGAAUAUAUUUUAUGUUUCUUUCAUUGUAAGGGAUGGUUUUGCGAGAAUAAGGCUUGACCAAGACAGGCUGCCGAUAUUAGAGCCGAUUAAUAUUAACCAAGUGGGUGAGGGAAAUGAUCCCAGUUCUCAUGGCAGGAAACAAGGAGUUAUAUCUUUGAGUUUACAGGACUGGAAAAAUAUUGUGGCAACUUUUGAAAUUUCAGAGGCUAUGAUCACAAACUCAUACUAGGGAUUUUUGUUCUUAGUAUAGGAUGCAUUUUGUGGCUUUUCCAAAGUAUCUCAAAAUGGAGAGUAAAAUCAAGCAGAAGCACAUAAUUGCAUUUCAUAUAAAGUGAAAAAGUAUUUUCAAAAACACCAGAAAUUGUUCUGCUGUGCAGUGUAUUUUUUUUUUUUUUGGUAGUUUAUAAGGUGGUCACGAUCUUCUGUAAUUAAAAAUUAUUCACUGGCAUGUCGCAGGAAGAUUUUUUUGAAUGCCCUUUGAGACUUUAUCAAUAAAAAUCAGCUCUGAAUUUCA